AUGCAAGGAAAAAUCCCACACAAAUGUGAUAUCUGUGGUAAAUCAUUCUCUAGAAAUACUUCUUUGACUGAUCACAAGCAUAUUCAUACUGAGGAAUACCCAUAUCAGUGUGAUAUCUGUGGUAAAUCAUUCUCUGGAAAUACUUCUUUGACUGAUCACAAGCGUAUUCAUACUGAGGAAUACCCAUAUCAGUGUGAUAUCUGUGGUAAAUCAUUCUCUAGAAAUACUUCUUUGACUGAUCACAAGCGUAUUCAUACUGAGGAAUACCCAUAUCAGUGUGAUAUCUGUGGUAAAUCAUUCUCUAGAAAUACUUCUUUGACUGAUCACAAGCGUAUUCAUACUGAGGAAUACCCAUAUCAAAAUACUUCUGUGACUGAUCACAAGCGUAUUCAUACUGAGGAGUACCCAUAUCAGUGUGAUAUCUGUGGUAAAUCAUUCUCUAGAAAUACUUCUUUGACUGAUCACAAGCGUAUUCAUACUGAGGAAUACCCAUAUCAGUGUGAUAUCUGUGGUAAAUCAUUCUCUAGAAAUACUUCUUUGACUGAUCACAAGCAUAUUCAUACUGAGGAAUACCCAUAUCAGUGUGAUAUCUGUGGUAAAUCAUUCUCUAGAAAUACUUCUUUGACUGAUUACAAGCGUAUUCAUACUGAGGAAUACCCAUAUCAGUGUGAUAUCUGUGGUAAAUCAUUCUCUAGAAAUACUUCUUUGACUGAUCACAAGUAUAUUCAUACUGAGGAAUACCCAUAUCAGUGUGAUAUCUGUGGUAAAUCAUUCUCUAGAAAUACUUCUUUGACUGAUCACAAGCGUAUUCAUACUGAGGAAUACCCAUAUCAGUGUGAUAUCUGUGGUAAAUCAUUCUCUAGAAAUACUUCUUUGACUGAUCACAAACGUAUUCAUACAGGAGAGAAGCCAUAUCAUUGUAAUAUCUGUGGUAAAUCAUUCUCCCAAAGUGGGGUCUUCUCUAAACACAAACGUACCCAUACGGGAAAGAAGCCACAGGAUUCUGAUAUCUAGUGAAUCAUUCUCUAGCAAUAGUUACAAACCUAUUCAUACUGGAGGAAAAACCAUAUCAGUGUCAUAUCUGUGGUAAACCAUUCUCUGCAAAUGGCAUCUUAAGUACAUAUGUGAGUAUUCAUACACAAGUGUAACCGCAUCAGUAUUAAAAUUUAUUACAACAGGACAACAAUUAUGAAUAUUUUGUCUGCUAAAAGACAGGGUUUAUUCCUCUUCAAGCUUGACAUUAUCAACUUCAGUUUCUUGGAUGUCAACAUGAAAUUCGUGAAUCACACCUUCAAUAUCAUUUAUAUAUCUAAAUAUAUCAACACAGAGAUGACUUUGGUUUCUGAAGAUGAUUGUGCUGGAUUUUUGAGGAAUUUAUUAUGAGAGAAUAAAGG